AUGGUCGUCACGUCCCCCUUUGCGGCCGUCGAGGUCCCUUCCAUCGACGUCUGGUCCAUGUACAUGCAGCAGCCCCGGGACUAUCCAGACAAUCACACCCUCUUCGUCGACGGCGACUCCAAUCGCUCCUACACCUUUGCCGACGUCAAGAACCUCUCCGUCGCUUUCGGCAAGGGCCUCAGGUACCACUUCAAGUGGCAGAAGGGUGACGUUCUCGCCUUCUACACCCCCAACAGCAUCGACACCCCCAUCGUCAACCUCGGACUGCUAUGGGCCGGCGGCGUCGCCAGCCCGGCGAACCCGACCUACACGGUGGACGAGCUGGCUCACCAGCUGCAAGACUCGCGCGCCAAGGCCCUCGUCACCCAGAAACCCUUCCUCGAGGCGGCGCGCGAUGCCGCCCGCAAGGCCGGCUUGCCGCUCGCCAACAUCAUGCUCGCCGGCGACGCGCGCGACGAGACGGGCCUGCACAGGCACUGGACCGACGUAAACGCAAACGCCGCUUGGAUGCAGCCCAGCAAGCCGGCGAUUGAUCCCGUCAAGGACCUCGCCUACCUCGUCUACAGCUCGGGCACCACCGGACUUCCCAAGGGCGUCAUGCUGUCGCACGGCAACGUCGUCGCCAACUCGCACCAGGCUCGUCGCCUCGACGUCAAGAACCUCAAUUGGGAUCUCGACUCCCAGCUCUGCGUCGUUCCCUUCUUCCACAUCUACGGCCUCGCCGUCGUCCUCGACGCCACCUUCUGCAGCGGCGCCAGGUGCAUCGUCCUGCCCAAGUUCGACUUGCCAAAGGCCUGCCAGCUCAUCCAGGACCACAAGGUCACCUUCCUCUACGUCCCGCCGCCCGUCAUCCUCGCCCUCGGCAAGCACCCCAUCGUCGACAACUACGACCUGUCGAGCGUUCGAUACAUCAACUCGGCCGCCGCGCCCCUCGGUCGCGAGCUCGUCGUCGCCGUCUGGGAGCGCCUCAAGAUUGGUGUCAAGCAAGGCUACGGCCUGUCCGAGACGAGCCCCGUCGUGCACUCCCAGCUGACGGAUGAAUGGUGGCGCUUCCAGGGCUCCGUCGGCCGCCUCCUGCCCAACAUGGAGGCCAAGAUUGUCGAUGCCGAGGGCAAGGAGCUCGGCCACGGCGAGCGCGGCGAGCUGCUCCUCAAGGGGCCCAACAUCUUCCAGGGCUACUGGAACAAGCCCGAGCUCAACAGGGACACCUUUACCGACGACGGCUGGUACAAGACGGGCGACGUCUUUUACGUCUGCCCCAAGGGCAACUUUUUCAUCACCGAUCGCCUGAAGGAGCUCAUCAAGUACAAGGGUUUCCAGGUCGCCCCCGCCGAGCUCGAGGCCAAGCUCAUCGGCCGUGCCGACAUCGCCGACGUCUGCGUCGUCGGUGUCUGGGAUCCGGAGCAGCACACCGAGGUCCCGCGCGCCUACGUCGUCGUCGGCAGCGGCGUGCAGGAGAGCGACGAGCUCGCCAAGGACAUCGUCGCCUGGUUGGGCGAGAGGGUCGGGCCGCCAAAGAAGCUCCGGGGCGGCGUCCGCUUCGUCCAGGAGAUUCCAAAGUCGCAGUCGGGCAAGAUCUUGAGGAGGGUCUUGCGGGAACGAGCCAAGGAGGAGGAACCAGCCUUGAGGGCGAAACUGUGA